CGUGGGGACGGCAAAGAGCAUUUUGGAGCGGUCAAGCUGGAGCUGGAACUGGAGUUCCGUCCGGUCGCGGGGCAGCGGCUGCUCCGGGCCGACCCCGGUGCCGAGAAUGAGCUCGCGGCGGCGGCCGUGGGGAGGAAAGGCAGAGCCCAGAGCGUGCUGCACUGGUUCACCACGGUGGUCCUGUGUGCUGCCUUCCUGGGCCUGGGACUGAGUGUUGCUAUACUGGGACCCACGUUUCAAGAUUUGGCAAUGAAUGUAAACCGAAAUAUCAGUAGUCUUUCUCUAAUUUUUGUUGGCCGCGCUUCUGGGUAUUUGUGUGGCUCUAUGAUUGGUGGAGUUCUUUUUGACUAUAUGAAUAAUUUUUUACUUUUGGGGGUGUCACUUUUGGCUACCGCAGUUGGUCUUUACCUUACUCCAUUCUGUAAGACAGCAGUCUUACUGAGUCUCAUGACGUUUGUCUUUGGUGUUUCAAUGGGCAUUCUGGAUACAGGUGGGAAUAUCCUUAUCUUGGAUCUUUGGGGGGACAAAGGAGCCCCCCAUAUGCAGGCCUUGCACUUCAGUUUCGCCUUGGGUGCCUUUCUGGCUCCCCUGCUGGCUAAACUGGCAUGGGGUACAGCAGCCUCUGCUGCAAACCACACGGAGCCUGACUUUCAUCCUCUAAUGCUGAACGGAUCCUCCGAAGCCACCUCAGACCCUCUGUUUGCAGUGCCUGAUGACAUGAAUUUGCUGUGGGCUUAUGCUUCCAUCGGCACUUAUGCUUCAGUAGUUUCUGUCCUUCUCUUGGCUCUGUUUUGUAAGAAAUGCUCAAGGCAGCAAAAAUCCACAGCAUCAGCCCAGCGAUCUCAAAGAGCUAAAUACCACAAGGCCCUGCUCUGCCUCCUCUUCCUGUUCUUCUUUUUCUACGUUGGCGCUGAGGUGACAUAUGGCUCUUACAUAUUCUCAUUUGCAACCACCCAUGUUGGCAUGGAGGAAAGUGAAGCAGCCGGGUUGAACUCCAUCUUCUGGGGGACCUUUGCUGCCUUCAGGGGCCUGGCCAUCUUCUUUGCAGCGUGUCUCCAGCCUGGAACCAUGAUUGUGUUGAGCAACAUUGGCAGCCUGGUCUCAUCUUUAUUUCUGGUGCUUUUUGACAAGAAUAAACUUUGCCUCUGGAUCGCAUCUUCAGUGUAUGGAGCCUCGAUGGCAGCCACAUUUCCCAGUGGAGUUUCUUGGAUUGAGCAGUAUACCAGCAUAAGUGGGAAAUCUGCAGCAUUUUUUGUGGUUGGUGCUGCUCUGGGAGAAAUGGCUGUUCCUGCAAUAAUUGGAAUUCUUCAAGGACAGUAUCCAGAUUUGCCAGUAGUUCUGUACACCUGUUUGGGGUCCGCAGUAUUCACUGCUGUCUUAUUUCCUGUGAUGUAUAAAUUAGCCACUUUGCCUCUGGAACACCAGCAAAAACGAAAGACAGAGGACCAGAAAGCUUUGCUUUCUACGUCUGAACUGAAUGACUGUAAAGAAGAGAAUGAAGGAGAAGAUGCAGAAAAAUGGAAUGAAAUGGAUUUUGAAAUAGUUGAAAUGACUGAUCCAGUUAGGCAGUCAGAAAUAGAGACAUCGAGAGUUUCAGUGGAACCCACAGCUGAGUUCUCUGAUCAGUUCCUCUCAAAUGCGCUGACUUUUGAGUCUACUUCAGUCAAUACCAGCAGUCUUCUUGAGAAUCACCAGAACAAAAGGGUACUAACACUUAGAGAAGAUGAACUACCGAAUGACUUUGCUGAAUAAUUGCCUCUCUAAAGACACCAGCCAGAGCAGGCAUUAGCAGAUUUUCAGCAUGCUCUGGAAAUCAAAAUUUUGGUCUAUUUAUAGCAAGUAGUGAAAUGAUUUCAACUGUUCUGUAAACAGUUCUUUCAUAAACUACUACUUGGUCCUGUACAGUAGGAUUUGGUUAUGAGACUCCUGUUUAGCAGGAAGCUGGGCAGGUACUAUUUGAUGGUCCCCACCUUUUAGCACACUCAAGGCAUUUGUGUGUAAGGAGUUGAGUAGUGUUUCAAUAGCUGAACUCCACAGAGGAUUUAAAUGGAUUUGCUGACAAAUGAUCAGAUAUCCUUAUUCUUCCAGGAAGGUUGGAGAUGAGUCAUGUGAAGGAACAUCUUUAGGAAUGGAAAGAUGUUUUUCUUAAUUUUACCCUAUAUGUAGGGUUGCACUAAAAAUGCUGCUGACUAUAUUUUUGAUUACUGUGAGGACACAGGCCAAGAUUUCAGGAUUCAAGAUGAUACUUUCUAUUUGACAGAACAUUCAGUCAUUCAGCAUAAGCCUGGUUUAUUCAGUCUCCUGUGGUUCCAGACAUGAAAAUGAGGUCAUUUCCAAAUUUAGGGUUUGGGUUUGUUUUGUUUGUUUCUUGAGUCAAUGUUUUUAUAGUCCAAGCUAGCUUGGAGUUCACUAGGUAGCCCAGGUUGGCCUCUAACUCACUGUUCUCUUUCUGCCUCCCUAGUUUAUGUUAUAGGUAUGUGCCAUCAUGCAUGGUGAAAUGUGUAAGCUUUAAAAUUUGUAAAGAUUUCUGCUAAAACAGCCCAUUAGUUUAAAAUGUAAAGUAAGACAAAAAUGAUAAAUAGCCUUUAGAAUGUUUUACUACGGGCUGGAGAGAUGGCUCAAUGGUUAAGAAACUGGCUGUUCCUAGCCAGGCAUUGCGCAUGCCUUUAGUCCCAGCACUUGGGAGGCAGAGGCAGGUGGAUCUCUGUGAGUUCAAGGCCAGCCUGGUCUACAUAAUGAGUUCCAGGAGAGCUGGGGGCUACAGGGAGACCCUCAAA